AACAGGAAGUACCCGAGGCCGCUGCUGGAUCCAUGGCAAACAAAAGAGGGGAGACGCCACGACGAUAUGGGAGAUGCCGGCGAUGAUUUUUCCCCCCAAGCUCAGAAGGGAGGAGUGCGACCGCACCAAGCACGACUCCAUCUUCUCCCCUUGGAAGGUUCUUAUUGGAUCAUCUGAUUGGAAUGAUUAUUCCUUGGGCAAAGAUGGGGUGACGAGAUACAGAACCCACAACCUUCCUGCUAAUUGUGCGUGUCCUGGACUUUAUGAACUAGGGAUUAUUGCAGCUUUUACCAAUGAAAUCCAUAAGACCAGGCAACAUGCUUUAAGUAAAGUUGUUGUUGUGUAUCUUGGCCAAGCUGAUAAUGUUCGAACAAGGCUGCAACAGUAUGGACGUGCAGGAUCUCAUUUGGAUCAUGGAUGUUCAGUUACUAGUUCAAGGAAAAUUGAAAUUCCUGAACUUAAAACAGGCCCUGGUUUAUUUAAAGAGAUCUUCUCAAUGGGCUUUUCCAUUGUGUUUAGAUGGGCUCCAGUGAGCGACAAAAAGGAAGCAAUGGAGAUGGAGAGGAGGCUACUUGAAGUCUUUGAUUAUGCAUGGAACACGAUUUGGAAUGGCACUUGUCGACGUGAAGACAUCUUAAAGUUAGACAAGGGGUUAUCCAAUUCAAAUGUUGGUUUCUGGAAGAGACUUUUAUCUAGUAAGAAAUUAGGGAUCAAGAUUGCUCCAGACUUGCCACUUCUUGAAGACGAAUCAGAAAAUAAGAGAGGUUUUCUCCCUCAAAUUCUCAAUCUUGUGAAAUCUUGGCUCCAGUCAGUUAAACACGAUGAUAAACUUCAUCAAGAUGAAGUAAUUUGUGGAGUUGCUAUUGGUUAUGGCUCUAUUUGUAAGAACAAGCCUGUUCCAGGAAGAAAAAGGUGUUCAAAUCAUAAAGGAAAGAGGAUUACUGGAAUCAGUCAUGUAACUAGCAGAGACAACAUAAUGGCAGAGGAUGAGUCAUCUGCAUCCAAUAAUAAACUUUCAAAUCCACUUGGAAGUGAAUUUGAGCCUGAAAUUAUUCAAGAAACAUGUCUCUUUGGUGAGGAAUAUGAUACUUGUGGCAUGAUAUGCAGAGAUGGAUCAAUUUGUCAGAACAUGCCUGUUCAAGGAAGAAAAAGAUGUGAACUGCACAAAGGGCAGACGAUCACUACCCAAAAGUUGUCCACUGGAAGAGCUGACCGGUCUGUGGAAGGAACACAUAUAUACAACCUGGAAUUUGCUAUUUGUGGAGUGGUCUCUGGUGAUGGAUUAGUUUGUAGGAGUAAACCGGCUCCAGGAAGAAAAAGGUGUGGAUUGCACAAAGGCCAGAGGAUCACUACACGGCUUAAGUCAUUGACUAGCACGGAACAUCCAUCCAAAUUUGGCGAUGAAGUGAACAUUUGCGGUGUGGAUAUUGGCAAUGAGCUUGUUUGCAAGAGGAAGCCUGUUGAAGGAAGGAAAAGGUGCGAGGAGCACAAAGGAAUGAGGAUAAAACCCUCGAAAAGCUCAACAUAAAUAUCAACAAUAUCUGAAGUUUGUGGUGUCAGUCUGCAUGAUGACGAAUUAGCCGGUGCCAGGAAGGAAGAGAUGUGCAUUGCACAAAGGUAGACAGACGGGUCUGCUAGUCAUCUAAAAUAAAAGGAAUUUGAUGUCUUUCUUCAAUAAUAAGUUAAUAACCUUGUGAAACCUAUGUUGUAUGAAUAAACGAUGUCAAGCCAACCAUCACUUGAAUUUGACUCUCAAGUUGAUUGCAACUCCAUUGUCAUCUUUCAGUUUGCUUGGUGCUUGUUUGAAGGACAUUUGUAAGCAACUGAAUAAACAAGGCUGUUGGACCAUAUUGUUUUAUUUAGUUAUUUUUUAAUAUUUAA